UCCCACGCCCGCUUGCCCCCACGUCCCAGCGUACCUACCCAGCACCCCCACGCCCCACGUACCUACCCAACGCCUCCCACGCCCCAUGCUGCCUUCUUCUUCUUCACGAAAGAAACGGAUCCAAGUCCUUCCUUCCUCCUCCUAUACAGCCGCCAUGGGAGAACCAAAGUAGAAGAAGGAUCUGCUUCAAAAGAGAAAAUCUAAGGGCAGGGUGGUCAGAGCCAUAUCAGGCAACAACAUCAAGUAGGGAGUGUGUGGCAGCAUCCAAAAAAAGGAAGAAAAAAUGCUUGAUCUCAAUGAGUUGCCUCCUGAUCUCAAUGAGCUUCCUCAUGAUACGGAUCAGCAGCAACCCAGCAUGCAACAAGGAAAAUGGACAGAAAAUGGUCGAUCUGUUUACUACACGCAGGCAAGUCAUGAUGGUAACCCUAUGGGCCAUGACAAUGUGGCAGGCCAGUCAUCAGACCGUGGUGCCCCUGUAGUGGUGUCUUUGCAGUCAGAGAGCCAUGCUCUAGAUGACACGGGAACCGAGGCAAAUGUUCCUGGUCCAACCAGGACUGAGCUAGGAGCUGGGGCUGUUGACGGAGCUGUCCAAGGAGAAGAAGGAGAGGAUGAGGCUGGUUCUCAACCUAUGGAACCCUAUGUUGGCAUGAGGUUUGACAACCUUCAAAUUGCUAAGGAUCACUACAACAGCUACGCACUACGGAUGGGUUUCUCUAUCAAGAUGAACACAUCUAGAUGGACACCCUGCACCAAUGAAUUGAUAAAACAACAGUUUUGCUGCAACAAGUUCAAGAAGCCCAAAGCUGAUGAUGGAGGAGCCGAGGCUCCUCCUAUCCUGGACCCUAUUCCAGAUCCAAAAUCUGUUGACAGUGAUGAGGAGAUGGAAGUAGAACCUCCAAUAUUUGCUGAAGAGGAGGCUGGUACUAGUAAGAAGAAGAAGAAGCGCAAACGCGAGAUAAUAAAGCAGACUCAGUGCAAAGUGAAAAUGUUGGUGAAGCUGAUAGAUGGGCGAUGCAAGGUGACGCACUUUGUUCGUGACCACAGUCAUCCGCUCGUGAACAAACCUUCAUUAUCCAAAUACUUGAGAUCCCACCAAGGCAUCUCACCUGAUGAAAAGGAGUUUCUGCGCAUCUUGUAUAACUGCAACUUGACUACAUGUGUGGUGUUUUUCUAUAUCCCUUAAAGAAUUAAGUUUUCCUCUAGGCAGUCCAGUGUGCAACUGUUAUGGUACUACUGUGCAACUGAAAUGACUUAACUAUGCAACUGGUGUCCAACUUCCCAUGUUGUUUGUAUAUCACUUUUGGUGCUUGUUGUGCAACAAGAUUGUCU